CAUGGUUGUAUUUUAGAUUUUUUUUCUCAAAUUUUUUUUUUAUCUUUUUUUUCUCACUACACCUUCACGAUGAGGAUAAAAACGACGCCCUUAUUAUUCUUCAAGCAUUUCAUGGUGAAAUGGAGUGCAGUACUACAUCACAUGUUGCUUACCAUACUAGUGGAUACGUCUUGUCCUCAAAGGCGGUCGGCUCGGUACGUACGUAGACCACCGCUUUGAAUUGGUGAAGUCAUCUCCCACGCCACGAACCUUAGACAAGGAGAAUGAUUCCAUCAGCCUGAAAGCAACCAGCCACUUGAGCUGCAUUAAUUCCCCCUGUCGAUGCUCGUUGUAAUGCCACGAAAAAUCUGACGCCAAUACACCCAUUACCUUCUUUUUAUUCUCAUGUAACAGCCUCAGCCUCGGGUCACCAGCCAUGGCGUGGUUCUACACCGAGAGGGGUCCUCCAUGGAAGCGCGGGUGGACGCAGCAGACGCUGUCCUCCAUCUCCUUCCCUCCUCCACAGCUCAUCGCCGUCUUCGCCAUCGUCGUCCUCUUAUUGUCCAUGUCUUGGCACGUGGACUACAGGACGCAAGUGCGGCGCGCCGAGGCCGGAUUCCGGCUACUGCUGCUCUUCCUCCCGGUGGCGCUCAUCUUCGUCGCCCGCUACAUUUUCUUGGACGGGAGGUUCGUGUUCCAGUUGCCUUGGCCGGGCCAGGAGGACAUGCGCCGUGCGCAGAGCUCGCCGUGGGGGGUAGCGGUGUUGGUGGGAUUGCUGCUGGUGAUGGCCUCUUAUCAGCCCUCGUUCCAUUCUCAGUGGCUCAGGCCAUGGAGGGUUGACUAGGCCACAAAGGCCAUGUUGGUUGGUGCUGUAGCCGCUGUGCUUGCCUUUGGAGGAAGCUACAUGAUUAUAGCAAUCUGUAAUAUCAUGAAGAAACAUAAAAGAAAAGCUUUAGGUAGACCACUGUCUAACUCCCUGUUUUAGGUAUCAAAUGUUGUACAUCUUGUGAAGGUCAGGAAGAGUAUAUUACAAUUCUGGAGUUUGUUUGUGCAAGCAUUUUAUAUGAAAGACUAGACUUGGAUGUAUAAGAUAGACAUUGUUAUGUCAUGAACUUGGAUGAGAUCGUUGUUACCAGAAUGCUGAGGUGAAGAGCAAUGGCCAACCUUCUGCAAAGAUUAAUAAGUAAACUGAUGUCUGUCGAGGUAGACUCUGAUCCAGUGAGCAUGUGCAGAUAGAAUUGCAUUGACUGUGUUGGGUUCAACAACCUGCAAGAGACUGCAACCAUUGAAUGAUUCUAAUAAUUAGAUGGGCAUUAGAAAUAGUACAGCUGAUGUACAUCGAUCUUCAAACUUCAAUUUGUCCAUU